AUGAAGAUCGCAGUAGUAGGAGGCGGCGUAUCGGGUUUAUCGUCGGUAUGGGCGUUGAACGAGUACUCGUCGCACGAGGUGCAUCUGUUCGAACCCUCCGCGUGGAUCGGUGGACAUGCCAAUACGGUCACCUUCACCUCGCCCAAGUCGGCGUCUCCUGAUUCGGCGGAAGCUACACCGGUGGAUAUGGGGUUCAUCGUGUUCAACCGGGUGACGUAUCCGAACUUCUUGCGGUUUGUAAAGCUCGUUGGGGUGGAGAUCCUGGACAGCGACAUGUCGUUUAGCGUCACACGGUGGUUGCAGGGAUAUGGAGGGUUCGAGUGGGCUGGUGGUUCCCCGCAAGCUCUGUUUUGUCAAACGAGCAAUCUGCUCAACCCAGGUCAUUGGAGGAUGGUGUGGGACAUCGUACGGUUCAACCAACAAUCGGUCGACUACCUGCGGGAAUCUCGCUCCAACCCGUCGGACGCUGCGGAGAUCUCGAUAGGAGAAUGGUUGGACGCAAGAGGAUACUCCUCCUCCUUUCGACGGAACUACCUCAUCCCGAUGACGGCUAGCAUCUGGUCCACCGCCCCGGAUACAGCGUUAUCCUCCUUCCCCGCUCUCACCCUGUUGCGCUUCAUGCACAACCACCACCUUCUGCAGAUACUCGACAGACCCCAGUGGCUGACCAUCAAGAACGGGUCCAAGUCGUACGUCGAUCGCAUCCUCUCCAAGUUGCCCGAGGAACGGUUGCACCAGGGAAAACAGACGGGUUGUGUCACGGCAGCGUGGAUCGAUGGGAGGAAUGCAAAGUGGACGAUCAAGACGGCCGAUGGCGUCAAGCAUACCGGUUGGGACCGAGUGAUCUUCGCCUGCCAUGCGGACGACACGCUCAAGAUGCUCGUCGAAGGCGAGGCGGAGGGGUUGAGUCUGGGUCGAGAGGUGAUGGAGACGCUAGCUCGGUUCGAGUUCAGCGAGAACCAAGCUGUGCUGCAUGCGGAUACGAGGUUGAUGCCCAAGAGGAGGCAGGCUUGGAGUGCGUGGAACUUCCUCGCCGAAUCCGUCUCCUCCAGCAAAGAGAUCGGUGUCGAUGGCAAGCAGAUCAAGGAUGCUGGGGGAGAAGACGUCGAUCGAGUAUCCCUCACCUACUGGAUGAACCUGCUGCAGUCGCUUCCCGAAAGAACCUACGGGCCCGUCCUCGUCACACUCAACCCGACCACCGACCCAUCCUCCCCCUACACCCCCCGCCCCGACCUCGUCCUCCGCCGUCACUCCUACACCCACCCGCUCUACACCCCCGACUCCAUCCUCGCCCAAUCCCACCUCCGCACACUCCAAGGCACCCGCGGCGCAUCCUUCGCCGGCGCCUGGACCAACUACGGCUUCCACGAAGACGGCUUCACCUCCGGCCUCCGCGCUGCCGAAGCCAUCGACGGCGUCUACCUGCCCUUCGACGUCAAGGACGCCGAGAGGGAGGUCCCCAAGAGCAAACAGUUGGCGUGCAAGCUGGUGGAAGCCGUGGACGAGUACGGCAAAGCGUGGGUGGUGAGCCGGUCGGUGGGCGUGGUGUGGGUGCUGCUGGUGCAUGUGCUGGCGGUGCUCGAGGUGGUAUUGGUCGUGGUCGGCGGUAGGAAGGAGUGGAGCGAUGGGGUCAGGACCGUCAAGGGUCACUUUGCAGAGUCGCUCGGGACAGACAACAAGAAGAGGAUCAAGUCGACUUGA